UAAAUCAUGUUCACCUUAUUAGAGAGAGGAGUGAUAUCUUCUAAGUAUUUCAUCCUGAAUGAGUUGCUGUGUAUUUAAGAGCCCAACACUCACACAGGAUAAAGUAUGGGGGGCAAGAAUAAAAUGAAAUCCUCAAAAUCAAAGUCAGAAAUGGAGAAUGUCUCUUCUGGUACCAGAACAGCUCGUGAGGAAGCCUUAGAAAUCCACAAUGCCCUUUUUAAAUACUCAAGCCGAGAUUUCCAGUGGGAAUCCCUGUUUGACCAAGAACACAGUCAGGAGGAACUGGAAGAAAUGUUGACUACCAAACCUCAUGAGUUUAAACGCUGUAAACUUAAAAUGGAGAAACAUGAUCUGGCAUAUGCCAAACCUCUCAAUGAUCUAAACUCUAGCAUCCGCAUCAGUGGAACAGAUGAUGUGGGCAGAUCUUUUCCUGGUGAUGUGGUUUGUGUUCAGAUACUGAGCACAGAACUUCAGCCACAUCGAGAUGAAUCAUUGAAAGGGAAGGUAGUAGGACUGCUCCAUAGAUCUGAAGAAAGUUGCACCAUUGUCUGUCGGAUGGAAGGACGUAAACGACUAGUUACGCCUAUCAAGGACAACAUGACCAAGAUAAACAUCCUUACAAAAGAGAACAAAAUAAAAAUACAAAAGCUCAAUCCCCAGAGUGGAUACUGGCUCACUGAGAAAUGUGUAGACAUAGUUGAGGAUCAACUAUUAGUUGUCAAGGUGCUGAAAUGGGAAAAGAAUCAUAGGUAUCCUCUUGGAACGGUUACGAAAGUUAUCUCAAGGGAAGAGUAUUUUGAAGAAUUUCUGAAACUAGAAUGUGGCAUUAAAGGUACUCCUCCCCCUUUUCAACAAGAAUGUGACCAAAAAGAAGAUGAAAAAAGAGAGAAUUUCUGCAAUGACGAAACUUUUACCAUAGAUGACAGUAAGGCGGAAGACUUGGAUGAUGCCUUUAGUCUGGCUGACAAGGGAGAACAGUAUAUGAUAGCUAUUCACAUUACUGAUGUAGCAAGUUAUAUCAGGAAAGACAGUGCAGAGGAUAGAUUUGCAAAGGAGCAAGGUAGGACAAUUUACCCUACCCAUGAAGUAAACGUCGAGCCAAAGUUCAUGCUUUCCAGAGACAUGAGCUUGAAAAACUUGAGUUUAAUCCCUGAUGAGGACCGAAAAGCCAUAUCCUUGGUAAUAAUGAUUAACAAGGCCACAAACAUGAUAGAGUCCACCUCUUUUACUCUUUCCUCCAUCAGAUCUAAUAAAAAGCUAUCAUAUGACGAUGUAGAUAAGAUAAUAAAAGACCGUUGUUUGGAUGAUACUGAGGCACCUCUAAAUUUUUCCAGUGUAGAUGACUGUGUUGCUGUGGCCUAUUGCUUUACCAAGGUACUUAGAAAGUUCAGGAUGGAGGGGAGCUGGAGCAGUGGACAAAGAAAAGGAGACAGUAGGGCCCACUGCAUGGUGGAAGAGCUAAUGAAUUUCUACAACAAUGCAGUGGCUGAAGAACUCAUCUCCAAAGACCUAACAAGAGAUCUCACCCCACUAAGAUGCCACUUCAAGCCAGAUCCUGGACAGCUCGAUCAGUUUAAAACAAAAUACUCUAUCUUACUGCCCUUAUCUCCUUAUCUCUCACAAAUCUGUGAAGUUGCAGGGGUAGAAUUUGAAAAAACCAAAGCCGAAGUGCCAUCCAUUCAUGUCUUUACACCAGUGUUCAAACAAAUGAAAGCUUUGGCACAGAAAAGAGAUAACCACAAGCUGCUUCAUCUUAUUAUAUCAGAUGAAAUCCAUCCUACACUAUGUCGCAUGGCAAAUGAAUUCAAGGAAAUUCAAAACAAAGCUGUCAUCCUGAGAUCAUGCUCCAGCUUGCGCUCAAAAUUAGGACAUUACGACUUGCAACUCAACGCGUAUACAUGGGCAUCAUCCCCUAUGAGACGCUAUCUAGACCUAAUUCUUCAGAGGCUUCUCCAUAGCAUGCUCUCUGAAAAGCAACAACUGAAUAUGGUUUACACAAAGGAUGAAAUUGAUCAGGUCUGUGACAAAUGUGAUUGUAUUGAGGACUUUGAAUUUGAGUCAUUAAGAUUCGUCAAUGCCACUAAAUCUAGCUCUAGAGAUGUGACCAAACUGGCAGUAGUGACCCAGAUUUCUCCAAAAGAAUACACAUUUGAUAUCUCAAUUCCUCUUGACAGUAUGCCAAGGCUGAUGAUCGAGUACAGAAACCUAAAAGUAGUUGAGCAGCCAACGUACAACAAUCAAGGCAAUUCCUGCACUCUCAACUGGAAAAGAAGAGUGUAUUCAUUUAGUAACACUAGCAAGCAUCAGCCGAAGUCAGAGAGUAACAAAAACGUAAUCCCAAUCUCACUUAAAAAUUGGAUCGAAAUUAUAUCUGCAGUUAAAGUUGAAGACUGGGUUAAGGUCAGUGAGUGCCUUCAAGAUGCAGAAGAAGAUCAUAUAAAAUCUACGGAAAUGUCAAAUUCUUGUCCAAAUGGGCAGGACCAUUUUAAAGAGUGGAAUAUGAAACUCAAGUUGGAAGAAGUGCUACAAGUGCAGCUUGGCACAGACGUAAUCCACGGGGCAACAAUGCCUGUAGUAAAUCUCCUCACUGUCACCUCGUCCUUUGAGGUCUGUUUGGAGCAUGCAAGAAACCCAAUCAAGUGUUUCACAGAUGGCACAGAAUGUCAUGCAUCAAAAACAUGGUACUGGAAUUAUAAGGAGUACCAGGACAUUUGGGGAAAACUCUGUCAAAUGGACACUGCUUACAAUGCUGUGGAAGAAAAUAAUAGUGUGAUUCUUGAAGAUGUGCGUAUAACAUGGACAGGAGUCACAGGGAAGUCUCUCAAAGGUUUCUUUACAAUAACACAAACACAGACCAAAGACUGGUCUCUGGAAUUUGAUCUAACAAACUGCUACCUGUGCAUCAGAUUGAGAGAUCAAUGUGCUGAAAAAGAAGAAGAGACAGAAGCAACACAGAGCAAUGGAUCUGGUCUUUCUGAUUUGCAGAACACACUGCCCUUUACAUGGGUUGCACAUGGUGUACCUAUAAAAUCUCAAGCACAAAAGCAAGAAAAGGAAAAGAAGACAAAUAAAAAAUCACCAAUCAUCAAUUUUCGAAUAAACCACCAAAAUAUGACAAAUGGUCCACCUGAAGUUAAAAAGGAAACAAAGUUCACUGUAGAAGUCAUUCCAAAGAAAAUUCCAUACGUGCAAUAUGAACAUGCUAUAAAAAACAUAAAAAGAGCUAAUGACCUGGUGAAGCACAUUGCAACUGGGACAGUUUUCGAUGCUUCCAGUGAACUUGAAGAGCUAUAUUCAGUAGAUAAGCACAUGGAUAACAAUCUGAACCUGCCACCGUUGAAUGAAAGUCAGAAAAUGGCUGUGCAGGAGGCUUUGAAAAAUCCUUUUACUGUGAUCCAAGGACCACCAGGUACUGGGAAAACUGUGGUUGGGGUUUAUAUUACAUACCACUUCUACAUGAAGAACAACGAUCUUGAAGCGGAAUGUCCAAAUCAGGCACCAAGACUGGUACAAGAUGCAUCUCUAAAUGAGAAAAAAGAAAAGAAGCAUGCCAUCCUGUACUGCGGUCCCUCCAACAAGUCUGUGGAUACUGUGGCAGAACAACUGUUGAAGCUUAGAGCAGAGCUUAAGCCUCUUCGGAUCUAUUGUGAUCAAAUGGAAAUGCGGGAAUACCCAUAUCCUGGAAGUGAGCUAAAGCUCUGUCGCAGAUCCCUCCGUGAUGAGAAGCCAAAGGACGUACUCAGAGACAUCUCUCUGAUGUACUUGGUGCGACAACCUGAAAACCCCUUCUCUGAGGAGAUUAAAGGUUUUGAAAAUGACCCUGUGAACUUUGACAUCGAAAGAUACAAGAAAGUCUUGAAGAAGGCUCAGAAGCAUGAACUCAUGAAGCAUGAUGUAAUCUUGUGCACCUGCUCAACUGCUCUAAAACCGAUCCUAAUGGAGACGAUGGACUUCCGACAGAUCCUAAUUGAUGAAUGUGCCAUGGCCACAGAACCAGAGGCCUUCAUUCCUUUAGUCUCACAUAAACCUGAGCAGAUUGUGCUUUUGGGUGACCACAAACAGAUUCGGCCAAUUGUGGCAUGUGCCCGUGUGAAGGAGCUUGGCAUGGAGAAGUCCCUCUUUGAACGAUAUAUGGAUAAGGCAUUGAUGCUGGACAUACAGUACAGAAUGCACGAGAGCAUCUGUGAAUUCCCCUCAAACGAAUUUUAUGAAGGGCAACUGAAGACUGGAAGGAAGAAAAGCAAGUGCCUUCUGCUUGACAAAAAUAACAGCCCAACUGCUAUCCUGUUUGGUCACGUUGAAGGAGAAGAGACCAGUUUAGCAGUUUCUACAGCAGCUGGAAAUGAACAUUCAACAGCCAAUGAACUGGAGGCAAAACAAGCAGUUCGGGUUGCAAAUCUGUUAGUCACUCAGUCUUGCUUGAAACCAGAGGACAUCAUCAUUCUGACCCCCUACAAUGCACAGAUGUCUAAAAUCAAGACGAUGCUGGCAGAGCAGAAAACUCAGGCCAUUCAGAAUAUCAGUGUUUGUACAAUUAUGAAGAGCCAAGGGAGCGAGUGGCGUUAUGUAAUAGUCUCUACAGUUCGUUCCUGUACACUUUCUGAGAUAAAACAAGAGCCAUACUUCAGCAAAGGGUGGCUGGGAAAGAAACUUGGCUUCAUCACAGACCCAAACCAGGUCAACGUCGCUAUCACGCGUGCUCAGGAUGGACUCUGCAUUCUGGGUAAUCGUCACUUACUGAAUUGCAGCGCGCUGUGGGGAAGACUGCUGUCUCACUACGAAGAACGAGACUGCGUGCUGGACUCAGCUGAAGAUAUUAAAGUCGUUAAAGUCAGGCGUCACUGACCACUGGUCAGAAUUUUUCAGCUGAUUGAGAUUAAAUGGGAGAAGUGUAAAUAAGAUACGGUGCUUAAGCCUGUAAAUACAGUCUAUAAAGUAUUUUUGUAUGACUCAGUGGAAGAACAUGGUGAAACUGAAGUGCUUUGUCCCUCUCUCACUGCGUCGUGUGGAUUGUGUGAUUAUAAACAGCAAUAAUAUUUUAAGUAUACAGAAAAAUCAGUGAUGAUCUAUUCAAUGUCCAGGCAUAAGGAAUGUGACUCUUACAGCUGGCGGAAAUAAAUGCCACCUUUCAACUCAA